AUUGAUGUUCCUGCCUCAUUAAGGUGUUGGCUGCAUGAACCCUGGAUUGAAAAGUUCAUGACUUUAAUAUCUAGAAUUCCCUAAAAUUCAUUUUCAGGGUCAUUUUUUCUGAGAGCAUAGGGUUUGUACUUCUUCUAACAUCUUUCCUACACUUGUUUAUAGAAAUUUGCUUUUUAACUUCGACGGUAUUUGUUUUAUAGAUUAUUAAACUUCCAGCAAAGGAAUGCUGUGCAGUUAGAGAAAUACAGUACACCUGGUUCUUAAAUUAUAAUGAAGCAAAUGCUAUUAUGAUUUUCAUGAUGAGAAGAUGUAUGUACUAAGAAAUCUUGUUGACAUGGUAUGGGAAACCUGCAUUAACUAGAGUGGUAUUAUGUAGUCUCAUACUCUAGUUUAGGCAGGCUUUACAAAUUUUUUGCUCAUUUAUGGUCUGGUUGUUGAGAAUAGAUUGUCCUUUUUCAGGAUGCACAGAAUAAGGAAUGAAUAAUAAGAGUAACUGCGAUCAGUUCCUCUAGAAAAUUUAUGCUAACCUUCAGUUAUUGGAUGUGUUUGUUCAUUCCUAGGUGUGUGCAGAUGGGCAGUGCUUAACUGUGUCUUAAAUAGAGAGUUCAGAUAGUGCUCACACUAUUUUGCUAUUGGUCUUCAAGUUUGUGGGUAAAUCCUUGGUAAAAGUCCUGUUUCUCUGAAUCUUAUAUGAAUGGGAACCGGUUAAUGAUAAUUCUUACAAGCUGAAACAUGUAAUAAAUAUGAGAUAAGAACACACUUUCUGGUGUUGGCUCCAAUUAUAAUGUUUCAUUAGUAUCUGCUUUUUUGUUUGCAUCUGUUCACCCAGGAAAGUGCAAUGAAGUAACUGCCUUAAAUAAAGGAUUCAAGGGAUGGUUGUUAACUAUUCUGUGCUUGGUGUUCAUGAGUAAAUAAUUGGUUUUUAAAUUCCUGUUUUAAUGAAUUCCAUGUGAAAGGGUUGAAUUAAUUGUGUUUAUCUAUAUUUGUACUUGAAAUUAGGAGAGAUGAAGUUUGUUGGACUACAAGUGAAUUUGUGUCAAUUUUUCUGGCCUCUUUUACUGACAAGUGUAAGGAAAAUUUUAUGGUGUUCAAGGAGUAGCUGGUGGCAUCCCGUCUAGGCCAACUUUAAAGAAAGAGAUAGACAUACGGAGGAGAUAGAAAAUAAGCAUAUCUCCACCUAGGCUUUCUCUCUCCUCUUUGUGUCCUCUUUGAAAGUGGGUCCAGAAGAGUUACUAGUAAGAUGCCACUAUUUACUCCCUGAGCACCAUAAAGUUACUCCAAGUGUAAGGCUUAAAAAAAGAGAUAGGCUUGCAAAUUUAAAAGGAAAAGAACUAUGUAUUUGCUGUUUUAUAUUUUUUUUGGCAUUCCAUAACUUAUGUUUAGGAGAUGAACAGGCUGCUGAGUGCAUCAGGAACUCCAAAUUAAGCAGCUUCUAUUUAUAUUUAUCACAAGUCACUGUUGCUGAGUUGAAAGAUCACAUGUGGAGAUCUGUCUCUUGCAGGCUUGCAACAACUAGCUUCUCAGAUUCGUUUAUGCUAGGGAAAUUAUUUUGAUGUAUGAAUGGGCUGAAUUCAGCUUGUUUUUCUUGUAGAUUUUCCCAGGGGAUAGAUGCUGCAAGUCCUUUUUAUAUUUCCUUAACAGUUUGAUUCUGCUCCAUAAAUGGAGUAGCUUAUUUUCCUAUUUUAAAUUGCUUCUUUUUAUAUUUCUUGCUCACAUUUGGUUCUAGCAGCCAUUUUAUCACAUCAAGUUCUAUGAACUUCCUAUUUUAGUUUUGAUAUCUGGUGUGCAUAGAGAUUUUUGUAUUUUGAGAAUACCAGUUUUGAAACAUAAGGUUACAAAUAUUGGGGCUAGAUUGCAGAUAAGUGUACUUUGCUCAAAUAUCAGGGAUCAUGUCCAUUGUACUACUAUGACAUCACUCAUGUUCUCCCUGAGCUUCUAUGUUUGGGGUUGUAAUGGUAUUACUUUGUCCGAUGGUUACAGACUUUUGAGUAUAUGGAAAGAAAUGGAAAGACGCUGCUGUAACUCUAUAUUCAAACUGCUUUCUGGGUGUAGUGGAAAGGACAGAAAUAUCUUUUCCUGGGAGAGUAGGUUUCUAUUUGAGUUGGAUAGGAUGGUUAGAGUUUUUAACUUGUAUCCGUAAAGUUCUCCUUCCUCGCUGCAACAGUGUAGAGGUCUAGGCAGAAGGAAAUGUUUUCUGGAUUAUUUUUGGUAUUUCUGUCCAUAGGGCUCUGGUUAGCUCAUGGGAGUUUCUCAUUUCUUUCUGAUCUCUGUUCUUUUAUGCUUUUUACCAUUUGGAAGUUGGCUGAUAAUUGGUACGUGCCAUAAUUUAGGCACACAUGGGCUACCUUGCAUUCUGCUCUGUUUCUUGGAUAAUGCUUAGGGCAGGCCUCUACAUCAAAGUCUUGGUUUGUCUUGAGGACAGGGUGAAUAAGCACAAGGAGAAGAAAGAUAAGGAGAGAAGAGAAGACAAAGAAAAGAGGGAGAAAGAUAGGAGUGAUGGAAAGCAGAGGAACAAGAAAGACAGAAAGGAAAAGCAUAGAGAGAAAAAGGAGAAGGAUAGAGAUAAGGAUAAAGACAAAAGUAGCGCCUCAGAUGAAAAGAGACUUGCAGGACAAACUAAGCUUCGUAAUGGAGGAGAUAAAACCUCAGAUGAAAGAAAAUUUCCUGGGCAAUCUAAGCAUGUCGUUGGAGAUAAAGCCUUGGAUGGAAGGAGACUUCAAGAGAAAUCUGAGGGUAAUGGAGGAGAGACAUGUACUCGGAAGGGGAAGGAAAGGGAUGUAGAUAAGUAUAGUAUCUCUGGUGAGAAGAAAUUUUCUGGGCAAUUUUCAGGUUACAAUGGACAGAAACUAAUUCAGAACAACAGUAAUUUGUCUCACUACCCUAAGGAUUCUAAAUUUGUACAGCAGCUGGGCAAGAGAGCCAGAGAUGAAGACCAAAACCAGUUCUUUGAGAAGUUCCCUGGUACAGAUGCAAAAAAGGACAAGGGAAUGGUCAGACUGGUGGCAAAAACCCCAUGCAGUUGGGUUGAAGGAAAAGAAAAGAACAAGACAGAUGAUGAUAGAAAGUUGGAUGGGCAAGGAAUCAAGGAUGAGGCAAGAUUUACUGGUAGUGCUCAAAGCCUUUCUGCAACAUUUCAGGCUAGGAUUGAUGGAAUGCUUAGACCAUUGGAGAAAGACAUUGAGAAGAAGAUGAAAGGGAAAGAUAAGACCAAACAAAAGGAAACGAAUGAUAAAAACGAGGAUCAAUACAAGGAUAAAGAGAAAAAAGGCAAAGAGAAGGAUAAAGUCAGGGAUAAGGAGAAGAAAAAGGAAGAGAAAGAAAAGGAGAAAAGGGAACGUAAGAAAAAAGAGCCGGAUAAAUUGAAGGAAAGCAAUAUGUCUAACAUUGUAGGUAACCAUACUGUAAAAGCCUCCCAUCUUUCCAAGGAGAGCUUUAAUGGUGCUGUUGAUGAAGUAAAUAUCAAGAAACGAAAGGACUCGGACACAAAUGGAUUUUUGCAUGCUAAUGAUGUUAAGCCCAAUAAGUUGCCAAGACCUAUUUCCUUGCCUCAAUCUGCUGAGAAUGGAAGGAUGUUGGGAACUUGUGAAAAUCCCACUGCAGCUAUACGAGAUAAGCAGGAGGCUGUCAAUAUGGAUAAGGUGGAUAAUAAAGGACACAAGAUAAAUGGUUUGAUAGAAGCUCAAGCUCCGUCCAUCUCCUCAACAACUCAUCCUCUAUCUAUAUCUUUAACGAAGUCUUUAACAAAUCCAUCACAUUCUACUGCUCAAACUGAUGAAAUAGCUGAAGUGUCUAGGAAACAACCCCAUUCUGAUUCCAAGUAUCUGCCUGAUGUGCUUACAGUACCCAAAAUGGAAGACUGGUCUGAUUUUGAGGACCAAGAAUGGCUAUUUCAGAGUACUUAUUCCCGAACAAAGAAGCCCCAGGUUGAGGUUUCAGUGGAUGAUGAGAAACGAGAGGUGUGGUCAGAAGCUCUGCAGAUUGAAGCGGCUGAUGUUUAUGCACUGCCAUACGUUAUUCCAUAUUGAUGAUUUGGCAGUUAGACAUAGUUGACCAUCCUCAGCGUCUAAUGUGAUGGACCCUCCAUAGGACCACAGAGGAGAGGUAUAGCAGCCUCGGGGCCUUGGGUUGGCUAUUUGAUUCUCAACUGCCUCAGUUUCGAGAUGGUGGUGAUGUGUGUUCUUUAACUGCCUGAGUUUUGAAAAGGUGGAGAAUGCAAAUGAUCUCGGACCCUUCAUUGUAUACUAGGAUGAGCACAGAUACAAGGGUAUUGCUGAAGGGCAGAUUUUUCCUCGUGGUACAGAAUCACUAAUUCGAUCAGAAAAGGCAACCCAGCGGGGUUGCUUGGAAGAGAGUUUUGAAAAGGUGGAGAAUGCAAAUGAUCUCGGACCCUUAAUUGUAUACUAGGGUGAGCACAGAUACAAGGGUAUAUUGCAGAAGGGCAGAAACCCAGCGGGGUUGCUUGGAUGAGAUGCAUAAGCGUGUGCAAUUUUAUUUUAUUUUAUUUGCCUAAAGCCUAGCUCUUUUUAGUUGAAAGUGUAGAAGAAAAAGGCUGUGGUCUUGGCAACUCCACAAAAAUUUUGAAAUGUAACAUACAAGGCUUAUUUACAGAAAAUGUAAGAAUGAAGAAAAGUUAGCAUUCAUUUUUUGACGA